GCCCGAGCAUUGAAGAUAUGAAUAUGGUGAAAGUGGUUCAAUCUGUUUAUGGCGUUUCUCUUAGCCAACUACAAAAGGACUUAAAUUCCGUGAAAAAAGAAUGUACAGUACAGAAAGCGUUUGAGGAUUUGCGAAAUAUCAUAAACCACGUUAAUCGUGGUUCUCCCUUCCCUGCUCGCAAGGAAGAUUUCGAUACAGAUGAUGCUUAUGAGAAGUGGAAAUCUAUUGAAACAAAAACGAUCAGAGAUCUUAUGGCUACCAUGGCUUUAACAAAUCCUGAAGUAUUGUCCAAAGAUCCCACUGAUCAUGUUUCUACGCUUUUGACAUCUGAUCCAAAUAAACCAUCAUCUGCGCCCAAACGAACUAAUUUCACUGAACCGGAAACACAACGUCACCAGCAACAGCAGCCACCUUACCAUUCACCUUAUUAUCCUCAUCCUCAGCAAACUUCGUAUCAGUCUUAUAAUCAACCACCGUUCCAACAAUAUCAGCAGCCGCCUUAUAAUUCUCCGAGACCUCAAUAUCCUCACUAUAACUACGGCCAAAGGCCUAUGUAUCCUUAUAAUCAACAACCUCAGCAGCAUUCUCCUUACAAUCAACCACCUCAGUCGUAUUCUCCUUAUAAUCAGCCGCCUCAGUCACAUUAUAAUCAACCAUCAACGCAGCCUUCACAUAGCUCUAGUUCCUUUAGUUUCAUUCCACAAAGUCCUCGGAUUUAUUACAAACUUUUAAUGAACAGAUGCAUAGAAUAUGAGUUACAAAAUGGUUCAUCGGAAGACCUAUCCAUCAAAAUUCUUUCAAAAGAUGUCAUAGGCUUGCUCAAUGAAUGUGCUUUACGUUGGAGAAUUUCCCCGGCAUUUCGAUGGUUGCAAUACCUGGAUUUUAUUAGGUCUCGUUUUGACAGUGAAGACCCUCUAAUAAGAUUAGAUCACAUUAAAGAAGGAAUGCAUCUGUUAAAGGAUGCAAUAAGACAUAGAGAUAUUUCGACUUGGACUAUUUCUGAUAAAAGGGAACAUGUGGAAGUCUUUUCAGGGAUUCAUGACACUUUAUUAAAUUACAUGAAGGAAGCACUAGAACAUGUAUUUAAGAUUAAACCUACAGAAUUCGACCCUAUAAUAUUUUUAUUGAAUUCGAUAUACGAGUCCGAACUAUUCAAGUCUCAUUACCGGGAUGUGUCUCCUUUUUACAAUGACCUUCGAGAGUGCGUUAGAAAAGCGGCAUUUGAUGAAUAUAGAUCAGGGGUAGACAAAAUAAAUGAAAAAGAAGCUUCUUCAAAUGAA